UUUUCUGGUUUGGAUUGUAGCUAGUUCCUCUAGGUGCUCCUGCAGAAUAGUAGUUUUAACUGUCUGUCUUAGAAACAAACAAACAAAAUCUCUUUUUAAAUGUAACUUCCUUGCAGUCAUUAAUGAUGGAAUUGCUCCGCCACAAAAGAUUCUUUUGCCACCUGAGAAGCUUUGUAUGGAUUGGCAAGAAACACAAAGUGUUGGAGUUGGCCUGUACAAUCUUGGCAACGUGUUUUCUUAAUGCUACUCUCCAGUGUUUGACGUACACACCCCCACUUGCCAAUUACAUGCUUUCUCUUGAGCACAGCCAGUCAUGUCGUGAACAAGAUUUUUGCAUGAUGUGCACGAUGGAGACUCACAUUAACCAGGCCCUGCGUUGCACUGUUGAUGCCAUCGAGCCUACGCAUGUUAUCAAUAAUCUCAGUCGAAUAGGACUACAUUUCCGUUUUGGCAGUCAAGAAGACGCACACGAGUUCUUGCGCUAUACUGUUGAUGCAAUGCAGGAAGCAUGCUUGAAUAGAAGCACCAAACUGGACAGACCUUCUCAAGCUACCACCAUCAUUCAUCAAAUAUUUGGAGGAUUUCUAAGAUCAGGAGUAAAGUGCUUGAAUUGCAAAGCAGUUUCGGAUACGUAUGAGGCAUUUCUUGAUAUCACUUUGGAUAUAAAGGUAAGAUGUUUUGUGCCACUUUCUGUAUGUUCCUAA